AUGGGUUUGUACAGUGAAUUAAAUAAUUGGUCAAGGAAUAAAAUGCUAUCCGUACCUCUGCUAAUGAAUGCAAGUUUUUUUGAAAAAUCAGAUGCAUUUAGCACAGAAUUGUUUAAGGAAAUAGAAAAUUAUUGGAAAUCGUUAUAUGAUGAUAAUAUCGUGUUUGAAAUUACUAGUUGGAUGCAAAGUGAUGGUACAAACGAAAAGAACGAAAAUUCAAGUGCAUAUGAAUCAAGUGAAGCACUUAUUAGGCAGGUUCAUUAUUUUCAAAUCGGUGAGAAUUAUAUUAAACCUCGUCGCGAAGAAAUUCUUUUAGAAAUGAAAAAUGAAAUUAAUUUUCAAGAGGAUAGGCGAGAUAUAAUGUCUUUAUUUCUUUUGAAGUAUUCGGAGAUGAAAAUCAAGUUGACGUUACUAGAGAAAUGGCAUAGCAUCAUCGUUCCAAGGAAAAUUUUGAUGAUGUAA